AUGAAGGUGGUGGGUAUCCCUGCUGGGCUGGAGGCAGUCCACCCUCCUCUGCCUCUGGAUGCUGAGGACUUCUGCUCCUCCUCCAACUCCAGCCACUGGCACCUGAAACAGGCUGGCAGGCGCCAGACAAUGGACCUUAGGAACAGCAGCACAGUGACAUACUUUAUCCUCAUGGGCUUCGGACACAGUUCCCCUUCCACUCAGGCAUUGCUGUUUGCUCUCUUCGUAGCCCUCUACAGUCUGGCCAUAGCCAUGAAUGGCCUCAUUAUUUUCAUCACCUGGACAGACCCCAGGCUCAACAGCCCUAUGUACUUCUUCCUUGGCCAUUUGUCCUUCCUAGAUGUCUGUUUCAUCACCACCACCAUCCCACAGAUGCUGAUCCACCUGGUGGUCAAGAACCAUACUGUCUCCUUCACCUCCUGCUUGGCACAGAUGUACCUGGUUUUUGGUGUGGGUGUGGCUGAGUGCAUCCUCUUGGCUUUCAUGGCCUAUGACCGCUAUGUUGCCAUCUGUCACCCACUUAGCUAUGCCCAGAUCAUGAGCCGGCAGGUCUGUGUGAGGCUGGUAGGAACUGCCUGGUUCUUUGGGCUGAUCAAUGGCAUCCUGCUUGAUUAUAUGACCUUUCGUGGUCCAUUCUGUAGAGAAAACCAUAUAGAAAACUUCUUCUGUGAAGCCCCCAUAGUGAUCACCAUCUCUUGUGGGGAUGCCCAGUUUAGCCUGAUGGUGAUCUUUGCUGAUGCCAUUGUGGUGCUGCUUAGCCCCAUGGUGCUCAUUGUCAUCUCCUAUGCCCGAAUCCUGGCCUCCAUCCUAGGUAGAGCCUCCUCCUUUGGUCGGGGGAAGACCUUCUCCACUUGUGCCUCCCACCUGACUGUGGUCAUCUUCUUCUAUACCUCGGCCAUGUUCUCUUACAUGAACCCCCGCAGCACACAUGGGCCUGACAAGGACAAGCCUUUCUCUCUCCUGUACACCAUCAUCACCCCCAUGUGCAACCCCAUUAUCUACAGUUUUCGCAACAAGGAAAUGAAGGGGGCCAUGGUGAGAGCUCUGGGGAGGACCAGCCUGGCCCAGGCAGAGCUUGUCUAG